UGCGGAAGUUCGUCCAUCCGCUUCCGGUGCUGGGGAGACCUGGGAGUCGGGUAGAGGAAGAAAAAGCGGGCAUACUGUUUUCUUUCUACUUAUCGCCAGCGUCUUUCCCCUCGAUAUCGUUCCGAUUUUUAUUCAGUCAAGCGACUGUGCUUUUUGGGCCAGUGGGCUUCGGGGAUUUGUGUUUUUGCAGCGGUGGAAUAGCCUCAUUCAUUCGGCUGUCGUAGCUAGCCAGCUAGCUAGCAGCUAGGCCUAUUCUUCUGGACUUUGCUAUUAGCUUGUCUUGCUAACCCACGCGAACACGUUUCUCUCCAAUGACUUUGCUCACGAAUUGUAAAUAACCACUACACUGCUCGUUUGUGUGCACGUCAAAUAAUUCUAAGACAUAUAUCCCGAGGUACAUCUUGAAUUGAGGCCAAUUGCGGUGUGCACACUUGGCAAGGCGUUUGUUUUUUUGUGUCACUUUUGUUGCCAGCUUGAAGCUAGCCAUCGCCAACUGAAUAACGCAGUCGCGGAAAGCCGCCAAAGCUUACCGAGAUGUCGGACUUCGACGAAUUUGAAAGGCAGCUGUCCGAAAACAAACAAGCCGAGCGGGACAAGGAGAACCGCCACCACCGUCGCUCCGGUUCCCGCAGCCGCAGCAGAGACAGGAAGAGGAGAAGCAGAGACAGGGACAGACGCAGCCGGGAUCGCCGUGGCGACAGUAAGGAUCGCAGACACAGACGCAGCUCACCACCGAGCUACCCACAGGACAAUACAGCAAGCCGCUCUCCGCACCGCGAGAAGAAGAAGAAGGUGAAGAAGUACUGGGAUGUGCCGCCGCCUGGUUUUGAAAACAUCAGCCCCAUGCAGUACAAAGCCAUGCAAGCUGCAGGCCAGAUCCCAGCAACAGCCCUCUUGCCCACCAUGACUCCAGACGGCCUGGCCGUCACCCCCACCCCGGUGCCCGUGGUGGGCAGCCAGAUGACCCGGCAGGCCCGCCGGCUGUACGUGGGAAACAUCCCCUUUGGCAUCACGGAGGAGUCAAUGAUGGACUUCUUCAACGCUCAGAUGCGUUUGGGUGGUCUCACCCAGGCCCCAGGGAACCCCGUGCUGGCAGUGCAGAUCAACCAGGAUAAGAAUUUUGCCUUCCUUGAGUUCCGCUCAGUGGAUGAGACCACUCAGGCAAUGGCUUUUGAUGGAAUCAUCUUUCAAGGCCAGAGCCUGAAAAUCCGCCGUCCCCACGAUUACCAGCCACUGCCGGGCAUGAGCGAGAACCCCAGUGUCUAUGUGCCUGGUACACAGACAAUUAAUGGCGUGGUGUCCACCGUGGUGCCCGACUCGGCUCACAAGCUCUUCAUCGGCGGUCUGCCCAACUACCUGAAUGACGACCAGGUGAAGGAGCUGCUGACGUCAUUCGGACCGCUGAAGGCCUUCAACCUGGUGAAGGACAGCGCCACGGGCCUGUCUAAAGGAUACGCCUUCUGUGAAUACGUUGACGUCAACCUCAACGACCAGGCUAUUGCUGGGCUCAACGGCAUGCAGCUGGGCGACAAAAAGCUCCUGGUGCAGCGAGCCAGCGUGGGAUCCAAGAACGCCACCCUGACCACCAUAAACCAGACCCCCGUCACGCUGCAGGUGCCGGGCCUGAACAGCAGCGUGACCCAAAUCGGCGGCCUGCCCACCGAAGUGCUGUGCCUGAUGAACAUGGUGGCGCCCGAGGAGCUGCUGGACGACGACGAGUACGAGGAGAUCGUGGAAGACGUCCGGGACGAGUGCAGCAAAUACGGCCAGGUCAAGAGCAUCGAGAUCCCGCGGCCCGUCGACGGCCUGGAGGUGCCCGGCACCGGGAAGAUCUUUGUGGAGUUCAUGUCGGUGUUCGACUCCCAGAAAGCCAUGCAGGGCCUGACAGGAAGGAAGUUUGCCAACAGGGUGGUGGUGACCAAGUACUGCGACCCGGACGCGUACCACCGCCGGGACUUCUGGUAGAGGAGGCCUGACGUGGGGAGGGGGUGGGCGCGGGAGGGGGGGCAUUGGAGACAACAGCGUCAUUCAAAUUUGAGAAGUGGGGGUUUCUUGUUGUUGUUGGGAGGGGGAUGGGCAUAGCUGUUUUUUUUUGUUUUGUUUAUUGAAAAAUGUGUGUUCUAAUAGGUCCAGGUUGGGGUCAACCAUUUUUAUACUUUACCGGGGAGGGCGGGGCGGGGAGGGGCGGGUUUGGGCGACACAACACAUGGAUGUUUGUAUUUAACGGAAGGAAGGUCGGCUGUACACGAUGGAGAGUUAUCAUUCACUAGCGCUAACGUCCACUUCACUUAACGCCGUCUUUUAGGAAGACUAGAACGGACAUCUUUUUUUUUUUGUUUUGUCAGACUACUGCCCCCCCCAGGAGGAUUUGUGGCCAAUGUUUAGUGUUCUUGUUCCAAUAAUAGCGUGUGUAGCUUCACUGUAGGAUCCAUCACAUCAGCUGCAAUGUUUGCUUCACAGGAGAUGAUUAAAAAAACAAAAACAAAACACAGAUUGGGAUUUAGCUUACCAAAAGCCUUAACAUGAUUCAUAACCGUUUGCUUAGGAAAAGCCCCUCCUUUAAUUAGUCAAUUUCACUUAUCUUCUACCUACCUACCUACACUCUCCUUGCUAAUUGAACUGUAACAUGUGCUUGGACCCGCUCGGCAGUUCUUUCUUUCUUUCCUGUUUGUUUGUGUGCAUCGUCUCUCCUCUCUGACAAGACCAAAUAAAAACAUGAAUAAUGA